CGGCACGAAGACGUCAAGAUCCUCUUUCAUUGACUGUUUCACAACCUCACCAACAACCGCCAUUUUGGGACUUUUGCAGAGACUUUUGACAUCAGCAGAGCUCACACACACACACACACACACACACACACACACACACACACACACACACACACACACACACACACACACACACACACACACACACACACACACACACACACACACACACACACACACACACACACACACACUGUUUUCCAGUUCAAAGUGCGUUUGGGGGCCAAUGACCCUCAGCUGAUGUUUGGACUGUCUGACUGUUCGUCAGGCUUCAUUGCAGAGGCGAAGAAGAAGAAGAAGAAGAAGAAGAAGAAGAAGGAAGACACAUCAGGGAAAAAGACAUCGCCAUGACGACCGAGUAUCAUGACAACAUUGAAGACGACAGCAACUCGUUCUGGAACAAAGAGCCUCGACCUGUCUCCUUCUCAGGUGUCUCCAGGUUCAGACGUUGGUUGUUUCCUGCUCUGACAGCGACAGUCAUCCUGGUUCUGAUCAUAGCACUGGGAGCGAGCAACACGACGACGUCCAACCGAUUGUGGUCUUUGGAGAAAAGUGUCUCCAACCUGACGGGAUCACUGAACGCCGCGCUGCAGCUCAGCACAAACGCGGCAGCAGACGUCCGGCGGCUCAAGUUUUCUGUGGAGAACAACAAGGACCAGCUGACCUCAGUGUCAGAAGCCUUGAAGCAGCUCGCAGCGCUGGACGCCAUCAGCAGGUCGGUUGCUUCACUGAAAUGUUCCCUCGAACGCCUCGUCAACAACGGUUCAGAGGCGAGUGGAUGUUGUCCUCUGGAGUGGGAUCGUUUCCAUAGGACCUGUUAUUUGUUCAACAAGACGCCGUUGUCCUGGUCUGAUGCAAGAGACUGGUGCAACGGACACGAGUCCCACCUGGCCAUCCUGAUCACCGACGACGAGUGGGACUUUGUGACCCGUCAGGCCGCGGGUACUUAUUACUGGUUGGGUCUGACGGAUGAGAGGACAGGGAACUGGGAGUGGGUCAACCAGACGCCCUACGUCAUGAACCGGAGGCGCUGGAGACCGGGCCAGCCUGACGCCUGGACCAAUCACGGUCUCGGUCCCGGAGACGAAGACUGCGCUCACCUGCACAACGACGGACGGCUCAACGACCUGCACUGCUCCAACAGGCUGCGCUUCAUCUGCCAGAGACGCGAGCAGCGCAGCUGAAGACCAGCACCUCGGGCCGGGCUCCGCCCACACGACCGCCGCGCAGAAAGACGCCAUUAAAAAGUUUGAUCCCAACAAA